AUGCUGGACACCAUCAGCAGCCAGUAUGAUUCCUUCAUCUACUGGAGGAUGCCGAUCCCGCAGCUGGAUGUGGCGGAGCUGGAGGGGCUGGGGCUCAGCGAUGUGGCUCUCUACAAACCCAAAGGAGGGCUGGGCAAGCUGGCUGGCGAGCGGGAUCGGAUGGGCCAGGACAUCUCUGACGACGAAGAGGACAAUCUGCUGCAGUUCAACAGCUUUAAUUUCUGGAGAGCUCCUAUUGCUAGCAUUAGCUCCUUAGAUUUCGAUCUAAUUUGA